AUGUUUACGACCACGGGAAAGACGGCGCCGCCGCAGGCAUUCAUGUCUAGUUAUGCGCCGCGCCUACGUAGCCACGGGAAUUCACUCAUAUCGCCCAUCGUCCCGCCCUCGAAUACGCUCCCUGCGCCGCGCGUGACGAAGCGAGGCACUGCUGUCCUCAGUUAUGCAGAAGAUGCCUACGAUGACGAUGAUUUCGAAGAUAGUGACCGUCCACGGCGAGCAACGGGCCUGCGCAGUGUACAAAAGGCCGACCCGUCAAGCGUGGACCAACAAGCGCAAAUAGCAGCUCUAGGCGAAGAGCUCACUGCGCCUAUCGACACGCAGGGGAUAUGGCGGGACUGGAUGGGCAGACCGAAGCGUAACCUUACGGAAAAACAAGUCCAGACGCAGUCGGUUCUGCCAGUCACAUUGAUUCCGAUUCGAAUAGACAUGGACAUACAGUCUUUCCGUCCAGAAGCCCCGCUACCAACGCCCUCCAAUGCUCGGGAUUUUGGCAUCAACGAGAACUUGCCCGCAUACAAGCAGCCGGAUGUCACGCCAGCUUACAGAUUGAAGGAUUCUUUCCUCUGGAACCUCCACGAGGCCUUGACCACGCCUGAUCAAUUUGCGAAACAAUUCGUCGACGAGCUGGAUCUUCCGACUGAACGCAAACCAAUGAUCAUUUCACAGAUUGCAAACCAAAUCCGGCAGCAGCUAGAGGAGUAUGCUGGAGUUGCGCUGCACCCCCUCUUCCAUUCUACAGCAUCGCCUGCUGUACAAGGUGUCCAGAGUAUCCAAGCAACAGGUGCCAAAGUCACACUACCCGAAAGAAGUCGAGACGGCACUUCUACACCCGUCGUUCCCGCCACUAAUGGAGUUUCCACCCCUGUGACAAACGGCGCAUCGCACACAGAGGGUGCGCAAACACCUGUAGGCAUACCGAAUGGCAUCAGCGCGGCUGCCACCGCACUGCCAUCCGAGGAGCUCCACAAUCCAGAUGACACCUACCGGUGUAUUGUCACUCUCAACAUCAACCUUAUGAACCGGUUAUACACGGACAAGUUCGAAUGGUCACUCCUGCAUCCACCGGGUUUUGCGGAAAUGUUUGCCAAAACUACCUGCGCAGAUCUCGGACUUUCAGGGGAAUGGGUUAACGCCAUGACACAUAGCAUUUACGAAGCAGUAUUGCGACUCAAGAAGGAGGCUUGUGAAAAUGGCGGGUUAGUGGGUGAUGGGGAGAUUGACAACGACGCUGUUGAGCCCACAAUCGGCGCGGGCUGGAGAUACGACCAAGAGCACUUGUGCGAUGAAUGGGAACCGAAAGUUGAGAUCUUAUCACCCGAGGAGAUUGAGAAGCGCGAAGGUGACCGCGAGAGGCAAAUCCGCAGAUUACGGAGAGAAACAGCGCGCUUCUCCUCGACCACAAAUAUGACGGGCGCCCCAGCCAACGAAUUCUUCAACAACAUUGAGGGACAAGAAAACAUGGGACGCGGCGAGCGCAGCAAGAAGAAGAGGAGGUUUAGGAGUUUGAGCCCUGUCGGACGGGGCACGCCUGGAGCUGGAGGGGGCUCAGGCUAUGGUGGACAGGAUGGUGGUCUACAAGAAGGAGAACGGCAAACGUGGAGAUGCGCACACUGUUGGGUGUGGGGAACUGCCGUGUGGGCUGUCCGCGAUGGACCAAAGGGACCGCGUACCCUAUGCAACAACUGUGGAUACCUCUAUGAACGCGACAAGAAACUCCCGCCUUGGUCUGAAAACUUGUUUUACAGCGAACGACCGCUUCAUGAAGUUCAGCAGCCAUAUCGGUCACAGCGGUAA